CCAAAUCGCAUGGACAUUAAAACGUUUGCAGACAUUCCAUCACCAUUUGGUAGAAUUUUCGAGCACUUACACAGUUUUAAUGCAGUGCAAUCUUCGCUUAUCGAUGUAUUGUUGCAUUCGAACAGAUCGGUGGUGCUUAGUGCACCCACUGGUUCUGGCAAAACUGUGGCGUUUGAAUUGGCCAUUGUGCGUAUGCUACUCGAUCAUCAACUGACAGGCGCGACUAGUGCCAGUCAGGACCUGAGCAACAUAAUGGUAACAAAGGCUAUUUAUGUGGCACCGAUAAAAGCCCUUUGUGCCGAACGAUUUGACGAUUGGAAGGUACGUUUUGGGCUUAUAGGCGUCAAGUGUUUACUCCUUACAGGUGAUAGUGAAUUGGAUGAACUAACACGACUGCGGAGCGCUCAAGUGAUUAUUACUACACCAGAGAAAUGGGAUUCGCUGACACGUCACUGGCGUGAUUGCCGUGACGUUAUCAGCUCGGUGCGUCUCUUUCUUAUUGAUGAAGUGCACUUGUUGAAUGAAGAUGUGCGUGGCCCAGUGCUAGAAGCGGUAGUGUCGCGUAUGCAUACAAUUGCGCGCGAUACAAUGGAGAAACCGCUGCGAUUUGUUGUAGCUUCAGCCACUAUACCAAAUGUACAGGAUAUAACUCGUUGGAUUGCUGGCGCGGGAGCCAGCCAAAGUUAUAGCAACAAAAGAGCUAUUGAUGAACAAGUGACACAGUUGGUUUAUUCGGACUCAGAUCGUCCUGUGCCAUUGGAAAGACAUGUGUUGGGCUUCAAUUCCUGCAUGCGUGGCUUUAAGUUUGAUAUGACCCUCAAUUAUAAAUUAACCGGUAUAUUACAAAAAUAUUCCGAUCGUAAGGCUACUUUGAUAUUUUGCAAUUGUCGGAAGUCUGCUGAAAUGGCAGCAGCUGUUUUAGAAAAAAAUGUUAGUACACAUUUCCCAUUAAGUGACCAACAGAAGGAAAAUCUUGCACAACUCGCCCAAAACUUGCACGACACUAAACUGCGCAAAUUGACUGCACAUGGCAUUGCUUACCAUCAUGCCGGCAUGAGUCUAAGUGAUCGCCACCAAAUCGAGGAUAGCUUCCGUCAGGGUAACUUAAUAGUUUUGCUCUGCACCAACACUUUGGCAAUGGGUGUCAAUUUGCCCGCACGUCUUGUGAUCAUCAAGUCAACUGAGUACUAUCACCUUGGUCAAAUGACGGAGUAUCCAGAGAGUACUUUACUACAAAUGAUUGGACGCGCUGGACGACCACAAUAUGAUACAAAAGGUGUUGCUGUGAUCUUAACACACAGCAGGAAUGUGCAUAAAUAUGAAACGUUGAUGAAUGGCAAAAUGCCAAUCGAAUCACAUUUACACAAACACCUGGCAGAACAUCUCAACUCCGAAAUUGCGCUAGGUACCAUAAACAAUCUCGAGGUAGCUAUGAAAUGGAUGCGCUCAACAUAUUUUUAUGUACGUUCAAUGCAAAAUCCCGAGCACUAUGGCCUAGAAGGAAAUAUGGAUAAGGACAUUAUUGAACAUAAAUUGGAAAAGAUGUGCUUGGUGCAGAUUCAAGAUCUUCAGCAUGCUGGGCUUAUCUCAAGGAACCCUCAAAACGAAUUGGAUGUAGAAACCAGCAGUUACGGCAAACUAAUGGCCAAAUAUUACUUAUGUUUUGAGACAAUGAAACUUUUUCGACAGAUACGUGGCGAUGAAACACUUUUAAGAAUUUUUGAGCUUAUUGUGCGUUGCAGAGAAUUCAAUGAAUUCACACUCAGAGUAAAUGAGAAACGUCUUCUAAACGCUUUAAACGGCACACCAUUGCGUUUUCCGCGUGCAGGGCGAAUCAAAACGCGUGAAGAUAAAAUUUCAUGUUUGCUACAGUCGGAACUUGGCAAUGUACCGAUCGCUUCCCCCACUUUGGCACAAGAAUCGGUGAAAAUGAUACGCAUCGGUGAUCGCAUUGCAAAAUGUUUGUUGGAGUAUAUGCGAUUGUCGGAGCAUCAAGCGCAUGCAUUUGAUUUGGGCCGCUACAAGGCGUUACUGCAUACCGUGACAAUCGCGAAAUGCUUCCACGCCAAGUUGUGGGAAAAUUCAGAGUAUGCAGCGAAACAAUUGCAGAAAAUCGGUGCCGUUUACUCAGCUCAACUGGUGUACGCUGGGAAAACUACACUGAAAUCAUUGGAGGCGACAGACGCGCGCACCAUUGAAGCGAUACUAAACAAAUCAUAUCCCUUUGGCGAUGAGAUAUUACAAAAUUUGCAACAGGCUUUCCCUGAAUAUUCACUACAAUUGGAGCGCGAUUCGCAAAGUAUGUUGCACGUCUGUGUGCGGCAAGUUAAUGAGGCCUUCGUUUGUCGUGGCACGAAUGCAAUGGUUAUUAUUGGUGAUUCGGCGAACCAGUUGCUGCUUUUCAUCGAGGAUCUUGAUUCACUGCUUUUGGAAUAUGGAUGCUUUAUGAAAACUAUAAAACUGCCAAAUCCCGAUGUCGAGAAGAUACAUGCGCAUGUCAUACAUGCAACAUUAGUUGGUGUUGAUGUACAUGAAACGCUAGUCUUGAAUGAACACCCCAAAGAAUCUAUAACUACACCAAAAGUUAAAAAAUGUAAAAAAAGAAAACAACAAACAGGAGGUGUUAAGACAUGUAACAAAAGGGCAAAGCCAAAUUUAUCACUAUCUGCAAUUUGUGAUGCUACAAUCGACACUACAGUAACAGCCAAAAGUAACAGCUUGUUAAAUUUGCAAAGUUUUACGUUUUCUAAGUCAAAAAUCAGUAGUGACACUCACGAAAAAGGGCAACAGGAACAUUUUAUAAGAAAUAUGGGUGACAAAAAUUUGGUUGAAUUAAAGAAUAAUACAGAAAUUGAAGCGGUAUCGCCGAAGAAAUGCGACAAUAGUUCUACAUUAAUUCAAACUAAGUUAACGAAGUAUUUCACACAAACGAAGGUCAGCACAAACAAAGCAGUUACGGGAUCUACCACUUCAAUACAAUCAAAACAAAGUGAUAUACAGUUUGACAAAUUAAAGCAGAACCAAGACCAAUCAAAUAUUGAUCGAGAAUUAACACUUAAAUCCUCGUUAAGGGCCACUACACCGGACUUACAUGAUAUUUCCGCAUUUCUAGAAACACAAAACUCCAGAACUCAUGAAAGAACAGAAAAUGUUGAUGUUAUUGAAACUCACAACAUUUCUACACCAAUGAAUUCACACGCAACGGAAAAUGAAGCUUUAAAUGAGAUACUUUAUUCUGCUCACUUGGAAACACAAAAUUCAGGAAAGUCUUACGAAAUCACGAAAGUAUUUCAAACUAUUGAAACUGAUAAAAUUUCAACAAUUUUUAACGCACAAGUAUUGGGAAGUGAAAAUUUAAAUGGAUUAGAAAUUUCCGCUUUCCUGGAGCCGCAAACAUCAAGAGCAACUUACCCGGCCACACAGAAUGUUAACGAAAUUGUAGGUCCCGACUAUUCUGAAAUAUCGGGCACGCAAACGCUGGGCAGGGGUAUUUCAAAUUCGAUGCAGAGUAAAUUAGCUAAUAGUAGAUACUUUUUAAGCAAUGAAAUUAAGCCUUUAGAUUUAACUAAAAAAAUAGAUUUGUUUCAUAGUCAAAAUCAGCUAGAUCAAGGAUAUUUCAAGUCUGCUGGCUCAACGGAAAAUUUCCCUAUUUCGACAGUCUCUGCAGGCAAAUGUAAUGAUGAAAUGUGUGGUUUGGACUUGUCGCGCAAGACUAUAGACAACUUCAAUAUGUCUUGGUGUGAUGAUACUUCUCCUAUGAGCAUGAGCAUCGCUAUGAGCAGCAAAAGCUCCGGUUCUUUGAAAAAUAGUCCAAGAAGUAUUGAAAAUUUCUUAUUAUGCUAUAAAAUUGCAUUGGCCUUUACACGUUUAAAGAACGAGGAGCGCACAAUUGUGAGAUUCAAAAACAUUUAUAAACGAAUGUGGCAUACAAAUGAAGCAAUAGAUUAUAUAACGGCGAAAUUAAGUAAUAGUAGAAUUAGCCGAGGUGAGGAAAAGAAGUCAAUGACGGAACAAAGAUCAUUAUUAACAAGGCGCAGAAGGAAGGAUAUAUUUGUAGGAAAUCCGAAUAAAAGAACAGAAGUUCCAUUAAAUUUGGUGCAAGAAAUAAUAGGGAAGAAUAAAGCACAAUCAAAAGUAAAUGGGAUUUCAAUAGCUGCUGCCAAGACAGCACAGCUGCUACAGCCAAAAUGUGUGCGAAUAUCUAAAGGCGGAACUACAGUAAAAAAGGUUAGCCAAUCCACAAGGCCUGAGACGUCGACUACGUUUCGAAAUCCAUUUCGUUUGCAAAUAUCAAAUGAUACCAAUAACAAGUUAACAACAGCUAAACAAAUUAACAAUGAGGUAAUGAAUUUAGUACUCGAUAUGAAAUGUAGAGCUAUUGACAAUCCUGAGAAAAUACAUCCUCUGGAAUUUGUUGACUAUAAAGCAAUUGAGCGGGAACUUGAACUGAAAGAAUCCCAAGAUUUGCCGACUAUGUCUUUCGAAGAAUAUUGUAGUUAUAUACUUCAGUCGCCAACUAAAGAGUAAGUUGAACCAUUUUCUUAUGUACAUCUGUAAAAAACAAUUCUUUAUUUUGCUAUUUCUCACAUUGUGAA